GUUUUCAUUCUCAUCAUUUGAAUCAGAAGUUGAAUUUAGUUUAACAUCGAUCAUCUUUACAUUUUCGAGUCACAAUCCAACAUCAAACAGCAAAAAUGAUCCGAACCAUCGCCAUCUUCGCUUUAUUCGUUGCCUGUGCUCAGGCUCGAAACAUUUCCUUCACCAACUGUGCAUCAAACGGAAAGAUCAUCAAUGUUAAUGUCGUACCUUGUGACAGUGAUCCAUGCGACUUUGAACCAGGACAAGAAGUUAAAUUAAACGGUUCAUUCGUUAGUUACAAAAGUGAAUCUAAUCCGGUUCUAAAAACUGAGGUUAAAAUGGGUAAUUCUUGGGUUCAAUAUCCCGAUGUUGAUACUGAUGCCUGUAAAUACACAAGUUGUCCUGUUAAAGCUAAUAACACUUAUGCAUACAACGUUACUCUGAAAGUUAUCAAUUGGCCUGUAUCUUUUGAAACUGAAAUGCGAUUCCGUUUGCUCGACAGUGAUGAAGACACUGAACUGGUUUGUGGAAAUACAACAAUUAAAGUAUCUAAUAAUUAAAUUGAGCAUUUCAUGAAUCCCUUUUCCCAAUAUUUCCAAAAUAAAUUCAAUAAACUUAUUGACUGAUUGCAA